AUGGAUGAAAUACCAUCUGAACCAAAUGAUAGUCAACAAAAUGGCCCAAAUUGUGAACAAUCUCAAAUGCAUUCUUUAAAUGAAGAUAAUAUUUCUCAAUCAGCAAAUAACGUAGAAACUUCCAUUAAUCAAGAUGAAAAUACUAAUAUUGGCGACAGUAAUUCAAAAACUUUCGAAUCUGUAAAAGCUGAAUCUGAGACACUAACAUCUGAUAUAAUUAUUUUAAGCAAGAAUUUUAAUGAAUUUAAGAAGACAAUGGUUUCCAAAGAUGUAGAACAAUUGUCAACUAUGGAAGAUUUUUUUAAAUCACUACAAAAAUUAACUCAUAACCAGUCUGUUUUAGAAAAUAAAUUACAUGAUGCUUUGAAGAAUCAAAUAAAUACUGAUAAUUUAGUUAAUUCCCUAAAUUACAAAUUGAGUAAUUUAACCAACAAAUUUGCCUUAUUAAAUGAAAAAAUAAAUUCUGAGGGCUUAAGUUCGAUAUUAAAUUCAAAUAAUACUACUAGUCACCAAUCUGCUGUAUCAUCUCACACACAAAUUAACGAUUCUCAUAUCUCUACAUCAUCACAUGGCCACCAUCACACCAGCUCAAAGAGAGGACCGGGUAGACCAAGAAAAGAUGGACAAAGCCCACAUGCAAGAAACAACAUCAUCAACAACAACAACAACAACAACAGUAAUAAUAUCAAUACUAGUAAUUAUUCAGAUUAUUCAAAUUCAAAAAAUUCUUUGCCAUUAGGCAAUGUUAAUACUCCAAAAUCAAAAAGAUACUUUUUUGAUCCACUUGCCAAAAAUGAUGAUUCUGCAAAUAGUUCUAAUGGGUUACAUAAUAUUAAGCAAGAACAUACACAUUCAUCUAUUACUUCAAACAAAUCUUCAUCAGGCCCACCUUCAUCGGCCCCAAUUAAAAAGAGAAGAGGUAGACCACCCAAGAAGAGAACUGUUGACACGGUGAUUAUUAACAUUAAUAACCCUGCUUCCACUGCACUAAACCAUCGUCAAUUAUUGAGUAGCACACAAGAUUCUCCGUCUGCACAAUCAAAGAAAAAUUCACAAGGAAAUCAAGACUUGACUGCUACCUCCGAAAACAAGGGUACCACUGAUGGAAAUGAAAACUCUACUAAAGAACAAUCUGUUGAAUCAACUACCGUGUCACCUUCUGCAUCAUCCGAUCCUGAUUAUAUUAAUAAUCCAAGAAGAAAUUCAACUGUAAAUAAUACUGCAACAACUAUGAAUAAUAAUUCAACUGCAAAUGAAGACACUACUUCUGGACUCGAUCAACUUGCAUCCAACAGAUCUUCUAAUAACCAACAAUCCUCCUCUGGAAAUGCGAACGAUAAUAAUAAUACUACAAAUGACUAUGAAUAUGAUUCCUCGUUAGAUGACUCUCGAAAACAAAAAGAAUUGGAUAGAAGAAGGGAUGAUCGUGAGCGAAUGUUAGUAUCACUGAAAUAUAAUGAUCGUGAUAAGGCAAAAUCAUUUAUGGAGUCAAAUAAGAAAUUAUUACAAGCAAUGAAAGAUGAAGAAAGAAGGAAAAAAAUGUCAUCAAAUGACUAUUCUUCGCCACCAAAUUCAUCAAUCCAAACAAUCUUCCCCCAUCAGCAUCACUUAUCAAAUGUUUCCUCUAUUCAUGAUGCUACUGAGAAUCAACAUUCAAUUGAUGAUAUUAACAAACAAACUUCAAAUAACAACUCAUUAGCAGUAGAGAACUCAAAUAAUCCAAAUAAUCCCAAUAGUCCCAACAUAAAUGAUACAGAUAAUUCUUCUUUGAAACGUAGAAGAUCGGAUCUUGGAGUUGAAGAUGAUAUUCAAAAUGCAAUGAAUAAACAUUUUUUAAAUUUUGAUGAUCCUUUGCAUAAGAGACCAAAUACCAACCCAACAUCUAAUGGUAGUGAACUGGAGAAUGACCAUAAUAACAACAAUACUAUGGAUGCAUCCCAUGGAACCGAACAUGAUGGAUCACAUCCAUUCUCUGAUCAAUCAAUUUCUGAUUCAUUAAAUGCCGCCACUGCAGCUGCAGCAGCAGCCGUCGCAGCAGUAAAUGGAGAUCCUGACAUGGUAUUCCAAAAUGAUGACAGUGUUGACGUGAGAACUAAUAAUGAUAACAAUGAUCCUAAUGCUGUCGAUAACCAAUGGAAUGACUCUACCCAGCAAAGCCUUUUGGAUAAGGAUGUUUCAUCCUUAAUGGAAAAUGAACUUAGCAUGAUAGGAAAGGAUAAUUUAAAUGGUACACCUAAUGACGAAAGUGCUAAUAAUAAUAAUACAACUACUUUAACAACACAUGCUAGUCAUUCAAUUCCUGAGGAUUCAUCUAUGAGCAUUAAGGUAGACAGUAAUGAUGAUCUUGACGAUAUUUCAGGUGACACACCUAUCGAACUAAUAUGUAGGUCAGGUUUCUUUUAUUUAAGAGGAGAGCCAAGAAAACCAAUCAACACUGGAAGCUAUUUGAAGUUUAAAUUUAAGCCAAAAGAAGAUGAGUUGUUACGUUCAACUCUAACUGAGGAUCUUGAUGACCAUAGAGCUGAACGUAUGAAUUCUUACGCUUUAAAAGCUGAUAUUGAAGUCGAAACAAACUUCGCAUUCAGUAUACUAAGUGGAACAACACUAACUGAAAGAUAUGUCAAUAGUUUAGAAUAUUUCUUGAUGGAGUUUAGAUGGGAGAAUAGACUUGUGGAUUUAGGUUUAAAACUACGCGAAAGUAAAAGAACGUGGCAAAGACGUAAGGCAUUAUUUACAUUAUUUGAAUUCUGGAGAGACCAAUCAAGAGAGAAGAGAGGGUUCCAUAAUUACUCAAUUUUACACGCUGUAAAGGAGAUGGAAAAUUAUCGUAUCUUUAUCAAUCGAUCCGUAUCUUGGUUUUACAAUCAUAUAACACUACUAAAAAUGAUUCUUUAUGACUUAUGUGACAAUACAGAAACUCAGUGGAGAGAAUGGAUGUAUCCAAAGAAUAAACCUAUUCCAACCAUUGGAGAAAAUGGCAUUACUACAGAAACUAUAAAUGAAGUUAUUGACAAUGCUUUAACCUUAGAUUUCUUAGAUGAUGGUACUGAAAACAAAGAAGUUAAAUCUUCUCAAAUUGCACCACCAGAAUAA